ACGUUUAAGUCUCGGAGUAUUUGCUUUCUUCGAGAACUGUAGAGAGUAGAGUAUAUAAGAUAAGACGCUCACUCUCCGUCUAGCCGUGGGAUUUUCAGGCUGCCGCAUCAGCAAUCGUCAAUGGGGUCUUUAGGAUUUUCGAUUUCCAUGAUAGCUUCUAUGAGUCCAACUUUGACGGAGACGAGGCUCAUACCUUCGAUGGCUUGUGUCUCGACGAUGGUUGCUCCGAGUUUGGCUUCUGUCUCUUUGGUUUCUUCUUCACCGGGGGUUAAAAGGAGCGCCCGCAGUUUUGGGUUCAGAGCUUCGAUGUUACCAAGUAUGGAAACAACUCCAGAUUCCGAUAUUGACGUCGUGUCUUCUGCAACUACUAAAAAGGUGCUUGUUCCGAUUGGAUAUGGUACGGAGGAAAUAGAAGCUGUUGUGUUAGUCGAUGUUCUACGGCGAGCUGGUGCUGAGGUCACUCUAGCUUCUGUGGAACAGAAGCUAGAGGUUGAAGCAUCCUCAGGGACCAAAUUGCUUGCCGAUGUCUUAAUCUCUAAAUGUGCUGAUCAAGUUUAUGAUCUAGUGGUUUUACCGGGAGGCAUGCCUGGUGCUGUUAGGUUGAGAGACUGUGUAGUUCUUGAGAAGAUCAUGAAGCGACAAGCUGAAGAUAAGCGAUUAUACGGGGCUAUAUCCAUGGCUCCAGCUAUUACUCUUCUUCCAUGGGGUCUUUUGACAAGAAAGAGGACAACGGGACAUCCUGCUUUUUUCGGGAAGCUUCCUACAUUCUGGGCUGUUAAGACAAACAUUCAGAUUUCUGGGGAGCUUACAACUAGCCGUGGACCUGGUACUUCUUUUCAGUUUGCUCUUUCCUUGGCGGAGCAGCUCUUUGGAGAAUCCACAGCCAAGUCAAUUGAAGAGUUUCUGAUAGUGCGCGAUGGUUACCAAAAUCCUAAGAAGGAAGAGUUCAAUAGUAUUGACUGGUCUCUAAACCACAUACCUCGUGUUCUUAUCCCGGUAGCCAACGGGUCUGAAGAGGUUGAAGUAGUCACAAUUACAGAUGUACUUAGAAGAGCCAAAGUAGAUGUCACGGUUGCAUCAGUUGAAAGAUCUUUGCGGAUUACGGCAUCUCAAGGCACCAAAAUUAUCACCGACAAAUUGAUUGGUGAAGCUGCUGAAUCAUCAUAUGAUCUAAUCGUUCUUCCGGGAGGCCAUACAGGCACAGAACGUCUACAGAAGUCCAAAAUUCUCAAGAAACUUCUCAGGGAACAACAUGAAUCUGGCCAAAUAGUUGGUGCUACUAACACAUCAACUAUCAUCCUGCAUAAACAUGGUUUACUCGAGGAGAAGAGAACGACUGUGUACCCUUUAGACACAGACGGCCCUUCGAAUCAUCUAAUGAUCGAAGGAGCAGAAGUUGUUAUAGAUGGAAACGUGAUUACAAGUUUAGGGCUCGCAACUGUUACCAAGUUUUCCCUGGCUAUUGUUAGCAAGCUGUUUGGACAUGCUAGAGCAAGGAGCGUUUCAGAAGGGCUUGUGCAUGAGUAUCCAAGGCAUUUAACACCAAUUUAAAGGCAUCUUGUUCAAGAAAUACAGUUAGAAGAUGGCUCUUUGGUGAUCUUAAAUCGAGGUCUUGUGUUCUGAUGGUAUCAAACCAUCACCAACUCCAGAGACUUUCGUGAGUAUCUGUCAAAUCUUACCCUGCAGGCUGAAACUGGAUGAUAUCUACAAGAAUUUUGCCAAAAGUUUAUUUGCAUCUUAUGUUGUAUACCUGGUUGGAUAUUCCAGAUGAUGCUAAACUUGAUGUUUCAUUUAAUGUAUUCACUCUUUUAUAUAAUAUAUAAUGUUGUUUGA